AUGAUAUAUUCCACAGCAGAAAGAGUUGAAAUUAAGGAAAUAUGUAUUUUACGGAAAUACUCAGUGCGAACAGCAGAAAUAUUUAAUGAGUUACAUGAGAACAGUAACGUGCAUCGAAAAUAUGUUCUAGAUCUAGAACUAGUAACUAAAUUUCGGGAAACUGGGUCAGUCGCCAAUAAAAAACGCAACAUUGAAAAUCCCAUAAGGAACGAAGCAAUAGAAAAGCAGUGA